CACAGGUACAUCAUUGGACACACACACACACACACACACAGACUCAGAAUGGUGAGAAACAGCGUGACAGUGCAGGCAGGUGGUCUCCUGCUUCUCUCUUUGCUCUUCAUCUUCUGGAACUCUGCAGGAGCCACUGAUGGAGCACAAGACUGCUGUUUGACGACUGUGGACAAAAAAAUCCCACAAAAUCUGGUGAAGUCCUACUACGUUCAGACUCAAGUCGCCGGCUGCAGACUGUCGGCCACAGUUUUUGUCACAAAGAAAGGCAAGCAUCUGUGCGCACCUCCUGCAACAAAGAACAACUGGGUUAAAAAGCUGAUCAAUAAGCUGAACAAAAAAAAAACAUCCAAACGAAAGUCGGAGUAGAAAAUUCUCUCGGUCCUGCUAAUCCCAGAUCAGAUCGCACAGGCCCCGUUUCCAUCAGUCUGAAAAGCUAAAACUACUGCCAGGAUGAAUAAGCUUUUAGAAAUAUAUUGCUGUUAAUGUGUAAAACCAAACCCACCACCUUAACAUGCUGUGAUUGUAUUUUGUAAUAUCACAUGUUGGUUUUUUAUCUCAAUUCUUUAAAUAUUUAUACCUAUUAUAUUCUAUGUACAUUAGAUUUCUAUUGCCUUGGAAUGGACAUGUAGGUUGUAGUAUUUCGUGUUUCAUACAACAGAUGCCAUUGAUUUGUGUGCUGAUUAAAAAAUAUAUAUAUAUGUCUAUUAAAAUA